AUGCCCCCCCAACCCCACCUCGACCACAUCGUCCUCCUCGUCUCGCACGCCACUCUCGAGUCCCUCCCCUCCCGCCUCACGGAAACCUUCCAUCUCGCCCCAGGCGGCACCCACGCCGACGGCCUGACCACCAACAAGCUCAUUCUGUUGCAAGACGGAGUCUACCUCGAGCUAAUCGCCUUCGUCGCCGACAUCGAUCCCGAGAAGCGCCGGUCACACCGCUGGGGCACCCGGCCCGAGAACACCGUGAUCGACUGGGCGCUCACCCUCGCCUCGGCCGAGGAGUUCGGGAAGGUGCAGCGGCGGGUGGAGGCUGCACGGCCCGCGACGGGGAUUGCGUAUACGGAUCCCGUGGCUGGGGGCAGGGUAAGGGAGGGGGAUGGGGUGAGAUUGGAGUGGGAGAUUAGUUCUGCUGUCUAUGAUGAUGGGGCGGAUGGGCAUGAAGUCCCGGGGAAGGUUGAGGUGGGUCGGUUGCCGUUUUGGUGUUUGGAUAGGACGCCGAGAGCGUGGCGGGUUCCGUACAGGGAAGGGGAGGGCCUGACGAGGCAUCCUUCGGGCGUGACCGGGGUGGCCGGGGUGACUGUUGUGGUGCCUGCGGGAGAGAGGGAGAGGUUGAGUGAGGUUUAUACUGCCGUUUUUGGGGACGGGUCUGAGGGUUUGUGGGGGGUGGAUGUUCCGUCUGCAGAGGCUGGGGGGAGACGUAAGGUCGAAUUGGUGGGAAGUGAGAAUGCGGAGGAAUGGGGGAUUCGGUUGGUGUUGAAGGGGGGGAGGGCGGGCAGCGUGGAGUUGAUUCCUGGGCUUGUUGUUGAGAUCGAGGAGUAA